AUGACAAGACUCAAACUCAAACUACUGGAGAAGAGACUGGAAAACGAAAAGCACAAUAUGGACACAAGAGCAGAUUCUGCCCAGUCUGCAAGGAGUUAUGAUGGACAGCUGGAUCAACUUCACCUUGCACUGAGGCGCAAGCGGGCCCUCCAGCAAAUACUCCGGGAGCAGCACAUGUUAGAAUACCUCAACAGACCCCACACCUGGGGAGGGUCACAAAGACAGUACAAGUCACAUUUCUUCACUGCCCCUCAGCCGCCUCCACCACUCCCACUUCACCAGGCGGCCCCUGUUCUGCACUUCCUGACCCCUCCACCGCCUGCCCGACCCCAGCCUCCUCGCAUCAUCCAGCAGACUCUACCCGAGCAGCCUGCCACCAUCAUACAACAGCAGCCUCUGUUUACUCAAAUCCCUCAGCCCUACCCUGCACCACGCUCAGGCAGCAUCAAAGAGGACAUGGUGGAAUUGAUGCUGAUGCAAAAUGCCCAGAUGCAUCAGAUCAUAAUGCACAAUAUGAUGCUGAAAGCCAUGCCUCCUAUAGCCCUGUCACCACCUGGAGGUCCCAGUCACUGUGACAGUUUCCAGGGAAACCCUAUUUUUGUACGCCCAGAUGUCAAACCAAGAGGAAGUGCUGUCCAUCAUCAUCAUCACUAUGGUCCUACUUCUGUGGCACCACAGCUGCCCCCCAUCAGCAACCCUACAUGGCUACCAGGGGUGUCAUCUGUCCCAGCAGGACAAGCAGCGAGACAUCUACCAUCCAUACACCACGCAACAGCCCCUUUUACACUCCCACCACUCAAUGGCAUGCUGCAGGGAAGCAUGAGGACUGCUGAUGUGGCCAGGGCAAUAAAUUGCCAUGUCCGCACUGUGAGACGCCUACGACAGCGCUACAGGGAGACAGGAAGGACAGCUGAUCAUCCUCGCAGUGGAAGACCACGUGUAACAACACCUGCACAGGAUCGGUAUAUCCGAAUAUCACACCUGCGUGACAGGAAUGAGCGUUACACCGAGGCCUGUACUCUGGAGCGGGAUCGAUUUGGAGGUGGGGGGUCCGUCAUGGUCUGGGGCGGUAUAUCACAUCACCAUCGGACUGAGCUUGUUGUCAUUGCAGGCAAUCUCAAUGCCUUGCGGUACAGGGAAGACAUCCUCCUCCCUCAUGUGGUACCCUUUAUGCAUGCUCAUCCGGAGAUGAUCCUCCAGCAGGACAAUGCCACCAGCCAUACUGCUCGUUCUGUGCGUGAGUUUCUGCAUGACAGCAAUGUCAGUGUUCUGCCAUGGCCAGCGAAGAGCCCGGAUCUCAAUCCCAUUGAGCACGUCUGGGACCUGUUGGAUCGCAGGGUGAGGGCUAGGGCCAUUCCCCCCAGAAAUGUCCAGGAACUUGCAAGUGCCUUGGUGGAAGAGUGGGGUAACAUCUCACAGCAAGAACUGACAAAUCUGGUCCAGUCCAUGAGGAGGAGAUGCACUGCAGUACUUCAAGCAGCUGGUGGCCACACCAGAUACUGA